AUGGACCACGACGUAGAUGGGGAUGGUGUUAUCAAUUUAUCUACGUCACAACGACCAUCAGCAGCAACGACACCAAAUAAUAUUUUUCAGCCAAUUAAUACAGAACCGCAAGCCGCCUCACUAGAAAAAGUAUUAAAAGAACAACAACAGCAACUAGAACUGGAUCGAAGUUGGGAUCACGAGAGGGAGAGGGAUAUCAAAGGCAAUGGCAGCUCGAGUCCAAUGUCUGACCACCGGACGCAGGAACAUUCUCCACCACCUACGUCCGACUCGCAGAAAAAUUUAUCAGCAACUAUUCCCCCCAUUCAACAAAAUGAAGCAACGAAGAUACCUAACGACUACACAUAUGCUCAAUCACAACCUUCUGGACCACCAUUAAUGUCUUCACCAACAUCAAAUCUUCACCAUAUGCAACAGCUACUUCAGCAGCACGUACUCAGCCCUACGCAGCUACAAACUUUAAUGAAACAACAUUCGAUAUUACAGCAACAGCAACAACAACAUCAGCAACAUCAGUUAGCAGAAUUAGGUAAAAAACAAAUAGAACAAACAAUGCAACAGCUCCAAGAACAACUACAACUUAAUAUUAUCCAACAAACACAUAUCCUACAAAGUACAGACAAAAAGAAAGCAUCAGGUUCAAUACAGCAGCUCGCCCUUCAGCAACAGCAGCUGAUUCAACAAUUGCAGCUAGUCCAAAGGCAGUACGUCGUGCACCAGGGAAUGGGAAUGCAACCUCUAAUGCUGCCACAAAAUCAGGGUCUUAACACACGAGAAGUGAUGAGUCCAUGGAAAGAUGUUAGUGAUCCACAUGUGGCAAACAAUAAACCUCCACCGGAAUUAAAUGAUAAUUCUCCGGGGCUAUUAGGAAUUCCUCCUAGUAGGUCGAGUAGAGAUGAACCCAUGGACGAUAAGCCUGAUAGACCGACUACCCCCGACAGGGUACAUCACCUCUACGGCCACGGUGUUUGUAAGUGGCCAGGUUGUGAAAACCCCUGUGAAACCUUAGACGCAUUUAUAAAGCAUUUAAAUACAGAACACAUCCUAGACGAUCGUUCAACGGCUCAAGCGCGAGUUCAAAUGCAAGUUGUCUCGCAAUUAGAGCUGCAACUUCAAAAGGAACGCGACCGUCUCCAAGCUAUGAUGCACCACCUCCAUCUCUCCAAGCAAAUGAGUUCACCGGACCCUCACAAAGAUUCCUCCGUGAACGCUGUGAAAAUAGCCGUUAGUGCAGCUCUACCUCAAACCCCUGUAUCCAUGGGACCUAUGGUUUCGGCCGUUAGGUCACCAGUGUUACAUUCUCCAUCACCCAAUGUGGCGGGACCGAUCAGACGAAGGCUUAGUGAUAAAUCUGCGUUGUCGUUAGCUGGUGAAAUUCAAAGAAAUAGGGAAUUUUACAAGAAUGCCGACGUGAGGCCUCCAUUUACAUAUGCUUCCCUGAUUAGACAGUCCAUAAUCGAAUCUCCUGACAAACAACUCACACUCAACGAAAUAUACAAUUGGUUCCAAAACACAUUUUGCUAUUUUAGGAGAAACGCAGCUACUUGGAAGAACGCAGUACGACACAACCUAUCUCUUCACAAAUGUUUCAUGCGCGUGGAGAACGUUAAAGGGGCAGUGUGGACAGUGGACGAAGUAGAAUUCUACAAGAGGAGGCCCCAAAGAUGUUCCUCGGGCCCGUUGGCCCAACCAGUCGUCGGGGGUGCCACAUCAAAGAGUCCGACGAUGAAUCACAGUCCUACCCUAUACGGAGAUCACAUACCUUCAAACGUUCAGUUUAUGCAGGCUUCACUCAUGGACGAGAAUAACCUGUCAUUUUUGACAAAUUCUUCGUUGUUGGCCAGCAGGACGAGAGACAGGUCCGAAUCGCCACCACACGACCAUCUAAUCAGGUCACCUAUGAAUGGUGGGCUGCACGUAAAACAAGAAUUAAUUCAAGAUCACCAUAUGCGAAGCGAACGUGAUCGUGAACGUGAUCAAGAGAUGCACCACGUGAUAAAGCGCGAGAUGAUGUCAGAAUACGAUGACCUAGAUCAAGAUCAGUCAGAAAACGUUGCUGAGGACCUCACAAUAGCGUCGGAUCACACGGAUUCGAACGUUAUUGACGCAUAG